UUAUUUUCAUCCGUGGAGGAGGAGGAGGAGGAGGAGGGUGGGUGGGCGAGCGAGCGAGCGAAAAAGAGAGAGAGAGGGGGAGAGACUUUUGUUUAUUCGAACCACGGUCAAUUUCGGUUCGUCGGGGAUUGUUCGAGUCGAUCUCUCGGAGAAGAAAGAGAAGAGAGAGAGAGAGAGAGGGGGAGAGAAUACGAACGAUCGGAUGGAAAUGGAGGAAAAACGUUUUGGAACGGGACUUGGGGGGAAAAAAUGGGAAUCGGAGAGAUGGCGCGGAUCGCACGGUGGACGACGAUCGGAUUGGAACGCAGGAUGGACGCGGCGAGGAAGGAUCCGUGGCGAGAGUCGUGGACGGGAAGAACAGAAAAGGAACAAGAUCCUAGAUAUCCCCCACCUCGGACGUAGAGGUGGUCCACGGAACCGCCUCCGCGAUCUACCAUCCAACGUUCGGUGCGUGUGCCAGACGUGUGCUCGUCCGUUUCUGCCUCUUUCGUACGGACCAACCUGUGCGGUGCACGUUCCCUGAAUGAACCUUAGCAUCCUCGUCGAUCCGCGUUCGUCUUUCUCCUCUAGUCGGUCGGACGGUCGGUUAACCAUCGGAAGUAGUUUGCAUCGCGGCAUCGCAACGCCGAUUCUCUUAUUCUUCUCCCCUUCUCGAUCGACACGUUCCAAUUUUAUUAUCGAGAUCUCACGUUUUGUAUCUCGGCCGCUCGGGAUUUUAUUUUGUCAUCGCGAAUCCGAAAGGAGAAGAAGAAGAAGAAGAAGAAGAAAAUAAAUAUAUAUCUAUAUAAAUAUAUAUUCCAUGCGUUGAAAACCGCGAAACUCGGUUCGGAUACGCGUGAACGAUAUUCGGAUCGAGUGAGAUAACGGAGAGAAGAAGAGGAAGAGGAAGAAAAAGAAGAAGGAGGCGGAGAGGAGUUGAGAAAGAGUGGCGGAAAUCGAUGGAUUAGGCCGAUAGGAUCCCGUCCGGUCCUCGAGAGGAAGGACAAGGGUCGGUUCGUGAUAAAUUACGGCACGAUAACCUCGGAUUAAUUGGACCAAUUGGUUUCUUCGCUACGAGAUUCGAUUGCUCGCGGUGAUUCUCGAUCGCGUUUCACGCGAAGGAAGAGGAGGAACAGUGCGGUUCGAAGAUAAAUCGGCAACGCGAUCGAACAACAAUCGAUUGUCCGCGUCGCACGAAUGUGAACUGUAUCCGUAUCCGUACGAGUAAUCUUUUUCGACGACCGAGGAUCCAGGGAGAGAGAGAUGGAAAGCUAUCAUCACGGCAACGACGUGUCGGGCACGGCGGAAACGGAAGCCGGACCAUCGAGCACCGAACAAUGCAGCAACGAGCAAUGCGCCAACUCGUUGGACGACGCAGUGGGCAAACUGCUUCAAGGCUAUGACUGGACCUUGCUUCCGGUCACUUCUCGCGCGGGCGGUCGAAGAAGCGCUCACGUGAAACGUCCGAUGAACGCGUUCAUGGUUUGGGCUCAAGCGGCGAGACGCAGAUUGGCGGAUCAAUAUCCACAACUUCACAACGCCGAACUCUCGAAAACGCUGGGCAAGCUUUGGAGAAUUUUAAGCGACGGUGAGAAACAACCGUUCAUAGAGGAGGCUGAAAGAUUGAGGAACGCGCACAAAAAGCAACAUCCGCAUUACAAGUAUCAACCGCGUCGACGGAAACCAAAAUCGGAGGAGCAAAUGGGCAUCGUGAUGCAUCGGACCGCCUUAUCCUCUCCGGCCACGUCUCUAGAUUCUACCAACUCGUCCGAAUGCGCGUAUCCUCGUCUAUACACGGAUACCGGGAUCAAAAUGUACGAGAGGCCGACUUAUCACGACAACAAAAUCAAUUACGACGUUUCGAGAUCAAGCUGGUCGAACGACACGAGCAAAUACCCGGCCGAUCAUUCGAUCGUAGAAAGUAAACCGUACGAGGGUGGGAGAUACGAAUCGAACGUGGGCAAGAGUUGCUACGUGGACGCAAAGUGCUACGAGACGGUCAAAUAUCAUCACGAGGUGUCCGCCGCCGUCAAGUAUCACGAAGCGAUUCCAAAAUAUUCGGAAUUGCAAACGAAACCUUACGAUCUACCAAAAUAUCCCGAGAAUCCCUUAAAAUAUCCCGCUGACGUUACCAGCCCGAGUAAAUCGUACGCGUGCGUACAUGGCCAUUACUCCGCUCCCGAGGGAUACACGGUGCAUGAAGAAAAUGAAUAUCAAACGCAGGGAGUCUCGACCCAUUCUUUUUAUCCGUAUAUUUCCGCAUCCAUGACGCAACCACCUUAUUACAUGGGCCCACGAUAAAUCUGGAACUAACAUCGGGAAUGGAUAGCCCGUUGUCCGGGCCAUUGAUAGUCGGUUAAACCGCUUAGCAAUGUUUACUUUCUUUCUUUCUUUCUUUCCUUCUUUCCUAUUUAUUCUUUCGCAAUAAACUUUAAACAACCAAAUAAAUAAACGAUUAUUCACGUUAA